CACUGUGUUAAAAACGAGGAUUUUGGACGAACGAAACCGUGUACCGUGUCCCGUAAUAAUAAUAUUGACUGUGCCCAGACACAAAGUUUAAGUACGUGUGUAUUAAAACUAGUCCGGGUUUUCUCACGGUGUGUGAUACCGUGUAUAUUUUAGUUUGUCAGAUUACAAUUCAGAACUACCAGCUGUCGUUUAAAGGGACCGAAUGUUUACCACUAGAACACAGGUGGAUCUGUUUACAAACAAGUGUAUGGCUGACAAGGAGAAGAAAGAAUAUCUCGGUUGUGGUUGUGACGUGUAAAUUUUUAAGUAAAUUCAGUGAAGUGGUGGUAUUUGAUGUAUAAUAAUUAACAUUUAAAAUUCACUAUCAGUGUCAUACCGUUUUAUUGUAAUUGUUUCAUUUUACGUGACGGUGUUUGUCCAAAUAUCGAUUUUCUCGAAUCAAAUCAAAUCCGUAUGUGGGUGGGGGGUUGAUCUAACCUUCUGUCUAGUUUUGUGGAAAUUUAAUGUCAAGGUAAUUUUCGUUGACUGUCAGUGAAUUUACUCAUCGUCAUAACGUGCGAUGGACAAUUUCGUUUAGUGCUUGACUCUCCAUAAUAGCAAGAUGGCUCUACCUUGCCCUGCAGAUGUGCAGAUUUACCAUACUGAGCUACCCACAGCUAUUUCCAACAAUUAUGGCUGUGGUAGCUGUACAGCUCCGCCACCUGGGCCUGCAGGGGCACCGCCGGGGCCAGUAGCUCCACCUGGAGCGGUAGCCGUUCCUCCUGGUGCAAUGGGUCUGCUUCCCCCCUCUCAACCGCAUCAACCUCCGCAGCCACCAGAUUUGCCAAUGUUCAACUGCCCACGGCGACCUAACCUGGGCCGAGAGGGAAGGCCUAUUGUUCUUCGAGCUAAUCAUUUCCAAAUUUCUAUGCCACGUGGAUUUGUACAUCACUACGACAUAAACAUUCAACCUGACAAGUGUCCUAGGAAAGUAAAUCGAGAAAUUAUUGAAACAAUGGUUCACGCUUAUAGCAAAAUUUUCGGUAACCUUAAACCUGUGUUUGAUGGGAGGAACAACCUCUACACCAGAGAUCCGCUGCCAAUCGGAAACGACAGAAUGGAACUUGAGGUGACCCUGCCUGGGGAAGGGAAGGACAGAGUGUUCCGUGUAGCCAUCAAGUGGGUGGCUCAGGUAUCGCUCUUUGCACUGGAAGAGGCUCUAGAGGGACGUACCCGACAAAUACCAUUUGAUGCCAUUUUGGCGCUAGACGUGGUAAUGCGUCACCUCCCUUCGAUGACCUACACGCCAGUCGGACGCUCGUUCUUCUCCUCUCCCGAUGGCUACUAUCACCCCCUAGGUGGUGGCAGGGAGGUGUGGUUUGGAUUCCAUCAGUCUGUGCGACCCAGCCAAUGGAAGAUGAUGCUCAAUAUCGAUGUGUCGGCAACCGCUUUCUACAAGGCACAGCCAGUGAUAGAGUUCAUGUGUGAAGUGCUGGACAUCAGAGACAUCAAUGAGCAGCGCAAACCCCUGACAGACUCACAGAGGGUCAAGUUCACCAAGGAGAUCAAGGGGCUCAAGAUAGAGAUCACCCACUGUGGUCAGAUGCGCAGGAAAUACAGAGUGUGCAACGUCACUCGGCGACCUGCGCAGAUGCAAUCGUUUCCCUUACAGUUAGAGAACGGCCAGACUGUGGAGUGUACUGUGGCCAAGUACUUCCUGGACAAAUACAAGAUGAAGCUGAGAUACCCUCAUUUGCCUUGUCUACAAGUGGGCCAGGAGCACAAGCACACAUACUUGCCACUAGAGGUUUGCAACAUCGUGGCUGGUCAGAGAUGUAUUAAGAAGUUGACAGACAUGCAAACCUCGACUAUGAUCAAGGCUACAGCACGAUCUGCCCCUGACAGAGAGCGUGAGAUCAACAACCUGGUGCGACGGGCAGACUUCAACAACGAUGCGUACGUGCAGGAGUUUGGCCUUACUAUCAGCAACAACAUGAUGGAGGUGCGAGGCCGAGUGUUGCCUCCGCCAAAGCUGCAGUACGGAGGAAGGGUCAGCACUCUCGGAGGCCAGGAAUUUCAGGGGUGCAAUGUACUUCAAACCAAGCAGCAGGCAAUGCCCAACCAGGGAGUGUGGGAUAUGAGGGGUAAACAGUUCUUCACCGGAGUGGAGAUUCGAGUGUGGGCGAUAGCUUGCUUUGCUCCACAACGGACUGUCCGAGAGGACUCCCUCAGGAAUUUCACCCAACAGCUGCAGAAGAUCAGUAAUGAUGCCGGCAUGCCAAUCAUCGGACAGCCUUGUUUCUGUAAAUACGCCACGGGUCCAGACCAGGUAGAGCCCAUGUUCCGCUAUCUCAAGUCUUCAUUCCAGUCACUCCAACUAGUCGUUGUCGUUCUACCUGGGAAAACUCCAGUUUAUGCCGAGGUGAAGCGUGUGGGAGACACAGUGCUGGGUAUGGCCACUCAGUGUGUUCAGGCCAAGAAUGUCAACAAGACCUCACCACAGACUCUGUCCAACCUUUGUCUCAAGAUAAACGUCAAGCUGGGAGGCAUCAAUAGUAUUCUGGUGCCUAGCAUCAGGCCCAAGGUGUUCAAUGAGCCAGUGAUAUUCUUGGGUGCGGAUGUAACACACCCACCAGCUGGUGACAACAAGAAGCCGUCAAUAGCCGCUGUGGUCGGGUCCAUGGACGCACAUCCAAGCCGUUACGCUGCCACUGUCCGAGUACAACAACAUAGGCAGGAGAUCAUACAGGAGCUCAGCUCAAUGGUCAGGGAGUUGCUGAUCAUGUUCUACAAGAGCACAGGAGGAUACAAGCCACACCGCAUCAUCUUGUACAGAGACGGUGUGUCCGAGGGUCAGUUUCUGCACGUGCUGCAACACGAGCUGACGGCCAUCAGAGAGGCAUGUAUCAAGAUAGAGGGCGACUACAGGCCCGGCAUCACCUUCAUUGUGGUCCAGAAGAGACAUCACACCAGGCUGUUCUGUGCUGACAAGAAGGAGCAGUCAGGCAAGUCUGGUAACAUACCUGCAGGCACCACUGUAGAUGUGGGCAUCACUCAUCCCACAGAGUUUGACUUCUACCUCUGCAGUCAUCAGGGUAUUCAGGGUACCAGUCGGCCGAGCCACUACCAUGUACUGUGGGAUGACAACCACUUUGACUCUGACGAGUUACAGUGUCUGACCUACCAGCUGUGUCACACGUACGUGCGUUGCACUCGCUCAGUCUCCAUCCCUGCGCCUGCGUACUAUGCUCACCUGGUGGCCUUCCGCGCUCGCUACCACCUCGUGGAGAAGGAACAUGACAGUGGGGAGGGCUCUCACCAGUCAGGCUGUAGUGAAGACCGCACUCCCGGAGCCAUGGCACGGGCUAUCACAGUCCACGCAGACACCAAGAAGGUCAUGUACUUUGCGUAAUCGUCUCUGACCACCAAAACAAUCACACCAAAACAACCUAUAAAUAGUUUUUAUGUAUAUUUUGCGAUCGUAUCUUAAUUUAGUGUAUGACUUUCAUGAGUCAUACGCUCAUGUUUAUCUUUGUUACUUAGUUUGAUUGUGCUGCCUUCGAUCACUAGUAUUUAUUAUUGAAUCAGUGUGCUGAGAUUAUGUUUGUUAAAAAUUUUAUAUUUUAAGAAUAUGACUAAAAGAAAUCGUAUAUCUGUUAGUUAGCUUUAAGUGUUGUACGUCAAACUGGACAUCCUGUGUAAUCUGUCGCACAAUCUCAGAUUACAAACGAUAUUAUUAAACGAGGUAGGGUUUACUUAUUUUUUAUGAAUGAUCAAUUUUAUAGAAUUCCAAAGUAAUUUAAAACCUUAUGUAGGUUAUGUUUUACAGAUUUUAACACAGUACUUAGUGUUCUAAGUAAAUGGCUGACUGACAAAUCAUGGAAUUGAUCAUAACAUCAUAGUAAUUGUAAUGUAUGAAGACACAAUGGACGCUGUUUAAGUAUUUAGCUUUAGUUUGAUUUGUUUUCUAAGAGAUUCUACUUUAUCCUUAAUUUGAUACAUCCAUAUAUGCCUUUAUGAGUCUUAUAAGUUAUACCGUAGGAUUUUUUAAAAUCAUUUAUCUAACAAUUUUUUUCUGAAGUAGUUUUCUUUCUUAUAUUCUUUAUUAUUAUAUUUUAUUGCCAAGUGUUUAUACCUUAUUUUGUUUUCAACCUGAUUUAUGUUAAAUUUAUAUUAUCUUACCUUUUUGACUCUGUGUUAUUUUACAAUAGCCGAAGCAGAAUUUGAUUGUUUUUUUUAUGUCUUCAAACCAAUAUAAUCAUUAGGAUAAAAGCUCUUCACUUAAGUAUAUACAGUAUAAUAUUUUAAGAUCAGUGAUGUGUUUUGAACUCUGUACGCUGCUGUUGGUGACUGGUCAGUUUUGAUUAUUCGUCAUCUGUGAUAUGUGGUAUAUGCUUUAGAAACACCAACUUAAUAUCCGUAUUUUAUAUGUUUUAUUGACUCUUGUUACUUAAAUUUUCCUUCAUAUAGACAAAAAUGAUAUUGUGAACCAACACCAAAUAUUAUGGUUGUACUUGUUUUAUGUUUGAUUUUUGUAACUUUAGUAAGCAUUCCAAUAUUGGUGUUUCAUACCUCAAUUUUGAGAAACAAAGUCAAUGUUCGAUCGUGUUAGUAACUUAUUGAGUGUUUAGAUAUCAAAUCAGUAUUUUCUAAGUUUCCAUAUUUGCUCGAAAGUAGUCAUUGUCGUAAGGUUGUAAAAUCACUGUUCUCGAUUAAUGGAUAGAUUAGUUUAAUCAUUACGAACUGUAUGUAUAUAGAGUGUUAGGUAUAAAAUGGACUUAUUCAAAUUACCAUUUCUUUUUGAUUAGGUUGUAUAUUAUAAUCCUGAACAUAAUAUUAAGAAUUAAUCAUUGAAAGGAGAUAUAUUUUUAUUUUUGUCUGAUAGUAGUUUUAUCUCAAAUCCUAGCCUUAUCACCCCAAGGUUAUUAACAAUAAAUGUCACUUGCAUAUUUUGUAAACUCUCAAUGUUUACUGCUGACUUAAGAUUACCAUCUGUAAGUAGUUAGCCUAACAGUAUAUAGUUUAUAGAUAUACCUUUGGCAGUAAUUAAUUGUUUGUUAAUACCUAGAACUGUUAACUUACGUUAAGCAUUUACUCAAGCUUGGCGUAUCAUCUAAUGCCAAGAUUAUAUCAAACAUAAACUGAUAAGAGAAAAUAACAUUUAAGGUCUGAUUUUGAGCUGAAAUUCUGAUUGCUGUAAAUAAUCACAAAGGUGUGUGAAAUCAAUUAUACAAAGAAAAUGUUUACCAAGAGUUUUACUAUCGAUCUUAUUAUUGUUAAUAAUUGUUUUGGAUUUUUUGCUCCUAUAUAGAUUAAGUCACUAUGUUAAUUAUACAUUAUUUCUCUCCCGUGCAUUUCUGUAAUUUUACCCUUAUACUUUAUACUAUUUAUUUUUGUAGUAAACAAAUUAUACACUUACUUGUUUCUAAAUCAAUGAUCCUCAGACUGGUUGAUGUGUGUUUGAUGUUGAUAGCCAAGCAGAAUAAGAAAAUAAAUAUGUACAAAAUGUAUAUUAUCAUCAUUAUACAUGUUAUUAAAUUGCAGUUAAAAGGUGAUUAUGUAUGUAUCUAAACAUAAUAUAAUGUACUAAGGUUUACUCAGUAGCCUAUAACAGAUAAUGGAAAUUGUGUUUGUAGGCUGGUUUCUUGUCAGUUAUGAGGUUAACAUGUUAUUGUAAAUAGUGAUUAUAAUCAGUGUGACAGUGUUCAGGACAAUUAACAUUAUUAUUACCUUUGUAUCUUGAUUGUUUAAUUAUAUUUAUUAUGGGCUGCUGUGAAUUCCCAAAGCUCUGUGUUAGGGAACUUUAAUCUGUAAACAGGAUUUUGAUUGUUUUUUUUUGUUUUUUUUUGCUGGUAACUGAUACUGGACUCAGCUGGCCAAUCCCGAGAAUCCAUAGUAUUUAGUAAAUACAGUCUUAAGUCAUUGUCACAUACUUCCAUCCCACAUUCAACAGCCACUACCGACAAUCAUUAUAAACGGCCAAAAUGAAACAUGUUCUUUUAAGCUGAUUAAGGAGUAGUAGAAAAUUAAUAGACAAGGCCAUUCAAAAAUAAUACCCACUAAAAUUUGACUGAGUACUUAUUAUUUAAAUAGUUGAACUUGUUCUCAGUUGUUUCUUUCACAUUAAAUUUGUCUUAUUACCUUUUAAAAAUCAGGUACAUUUGACAUUAAAGUAUAAUAAUGGUCCAAACACGUACAUUAAAAUAAUAGUAUGUAUAGUAAUCAUUGCCCAUCGGUAAACUUAAGCUCCGUAGGCCUAUUAAGUAUUUACAUAGGUAGGUGUGGAGAAUCAAUUAAUUUGAAUAUUGGCUUGUUAUUAGUUUUUAAAUAGUUUUUAUAUCAAUAGAUUUUUUUGUAAUAUCGUUAAUAACAUUUACAAACGAUUAUGUUUUACAUCAUUAAUUUUUUACCAAUUGAGCAUAGGUACAUGUUUUGAAGAUUAUAUAAAUUAUAUUUUAUAUUGAAUGUUGAAGUUCCUUUCAAAUAAAGGAGAGUGUAUUAAUGAAGGUAAUCGUGUAAGCUAUGACCAAUAAUAUCGUUAUGACAUUGUCGAUUCUUGUAACCUCAAUGUUUGUCUAAUAGUUUACUAAUUUUACUUUGUCUCUAUCAGAUUGGGACAAAAAAAGCCGGGACUAGCGUAAGAUUGUAGACUUACUAGUCCUUUAGUAUCUAUUAAGUGCCCUCUAUUAAUGUAACACACAUCUUUUAUAAGGUACCUCCGAAUAAGCCAUAUGAUAGUUGUAAAUCGGAACAUUCUAAAUGUGAAGCAUUUUUUAUGAGCCGACUUUUAAGUGUUAGCUGUUAUUGUUGCUAUGGCAUUUGCAGGCUGUGUGAUGCUCAAAACUGUGAAAAAGUCUUGACACAUCUUCCAAAAUAGCAAUGUUUUGUAUGUUGUUUUACCCAUUUUGUUAACAGUAUUCUCAAUAUACAUUGAGAAUGUCUUUUUUACGUGAAUUGUUUCCAUUUUGUCAAGAUAUAACCGUAUGUCCAUAGAAAAAUUAACUAUUUACGAUUAUCCUAUAGUAUGUUGACAAUAUUUAAGUUACGUUAACAACAAAAAAGAUUAAGUAAUUUAUCAGUAUCCAGUAUCCGAAUGCAUCUGUUGCAACAGUUGAUCAUAAGUGAACUUGUUUGUGCGUUAAACCUUAUUAUGCUUAUAGAAUUUUUUUGUCUGUUGAAAAAAGCAUUGAUUUUAUUUGUAGUACUAAUUCGGUUUUAAGGUUAAUACAUUCUUGAUUCUCAAUUCAUCCCCAAUCUACAUUUAGGAAAGGCAAACAAAAAUUAUUUAGUUUCAAUAUCUUGAUAUUAUUGAGUUCAGGUAUUUGUUUGGUGUAUUUGUGAUUUUUCUUUUUCUUAGUAUAUUAAUGUCUCAAUUAAUCCUGCAAGGCCUCAGUCAAUUAUAUGCUUUUAGAACUUGAAUAAAAAACAAACAUUGCAUUUUGUUCUUGAUACUUUGAUACUUACGUUAAUUAUAGCUGCUUCAUAUAAACUCUUUGAAAUAUUGUGUACUUUUCGAUUGGUAAUAUUUCACAUUUUUGGCAAUUUGUUUCAGGAUACAUUUAAGUACUCUAAGAUAGACUUUAACACAAAUGAUCAACACAACACUUGGGUCUAAUACAUUAAGUUAUAGUUACGAAAGAUGUGUUAAGGACUCUAAAAAGUAAUAAAUUUGUUUGAUGCUAA